GUGUGUGUGCAGUGUGAGCAUGCCAUAAGCGCCAAGUGAUUUCCCCACUGAGCAAUCCAUCACCAGAGCCCUGAGAGAAAGCCACAGUUGCCUUGUUUUCUUUUGUUUUUUUGGAAAGGAAGAGGAGUGUCUCUACAUGUGACAUCACCAGAAACUUGAAACCGUCAUUUUCAGCGAGCAGCCCUCCCAACCGACCGCCUGGCUGACUGGCUGCUCCCCUCUCCCUUAGUCUCUUCCUUCGGCGGGGCUUCAGAAACAGGCCGGUGUCGGUGUCCUCUCCGCCUCGAACUAUACCCCUCUGAUCCCAAGAACUUCAACACACAGUGCCCCCCCCCCCCCUCCGCCCCCCCAUUCCACCUCCACCCCCUGCUUCAGACAGUCAGCCGGGAGACAUACCGACUUUACCAAAAGCGUGUCUCUCUAUCUGACGGAGUAGGUCCGUCCACGUCCCUGAUGAAGUAUGGAACUGCAGAAGCUAUCGAACGGUAAUCAUCAUGAGGACGCGGCGCCUGCAGAGGGAGGAAUCCCAGCAGAGGAAGACAUGUUCCUGCCACACAAGAGCGACGGAUCAAAGAGACCUCAGUUCACAGACUUUGAGGGUAAAACCUCCUUCGGGAUGUCUGUCUUCAACCUCAGCAACGCCAUCAUGGGCAGCGGCAUUCUGGGUCUGUCCUACGCCAUGUCCAACACGGGCAUCGUCCUCUUCCUGAUCCUGCUGACAUGCAUCGCCGCUCUGUCCUGUUACUCCGUCCACCUGCUGCUACGCAGCGCUGGCGUUGUGGGCAUCCGAGCCUACGAGCAGCUCGGCAUGAGAGCGUUUGGUCAUCCAGGGAAGAUCGUGGCAGGUGUCGUCAUCACGCUGCACAACAUCGGAGCCAUGUCCAGCUACCUGUUCAUCGUCAAAUCCGAGUUACCGCUGGUCAUCCAAGCCUUCCUCGGCCAGACGUCCAGCUCCGACGACUGGUUCAUGAAUGGAAACUACCUCAUCAUCAUCGUCACUUUGGGCGUCAUCCUCCCCCUGGCUCUGAUGAAACACCUGGGGUAUCUGGGCUACACCAGCGGCUUCUCCCUCUCCUGCAUGGUCUUCUUCCUCUCUGCGGUCAUCUAUAAGAAAUUCAACAUCGCUUGUCCUCUGGAAGUGUUCGGCAACUACUCGGUGACCACGGACGUCUCAGAGGACACGUGUGCUGUCAAAUACCUCACCGUCAACCAAGAGACGGCGUACACCAUCCCCAUCCUGGCAUUUGCUUUUGUGUGUCACCCUGAAGUUCUGCCCAUCUACACUGAACUCAGCAACCCAACAAAGAGAAGAAUGCAAAAUAUCGGCAACGUCUCCAUCCUGGGAAUGUUCAUCAUGUACUUCCUCACCGCCACAUUUGGCUACCUGACCUUCUACGGGAACACCGAAGCAGAGCUGCUCCAUACCUACAGCAAGGUGGACCCCCUGGACACUCUGAUCCUGUGUGUUCGCCUGGCGGUCCUGGUGGCCGUCACUCUGACUGUACCCGUGGUCCUGUUUCCUAUCCGGCGAGCCCUCCUGCAGCUGCUGUUUCCAGGGAAACCCUUCCACUGGCUGCGUCACAUCGCCAUCGCCCUGUGUCUGCUGUCCGUUGUCAACCUGCUGGUCAUCCUCGUCCCUAACAUCCGGGACAUCUUCGGCAUCACAGGGGCCACCACCGCUCCCAGUCUGAUCUUCAUCCUGCCUGGACUCUUCUACAUUCGCAUUGUCCCCACGGACCAGGAACCCAUGAACUCCAGACCAAAGAUCCAGGCUGCGUGUUUUACAGCACUGGGUUUCAUUUUCAUGUCCAUGAGCCUGACGUUCAUCGGGAUCGACUGGAUGACGGGAGAAAAGCGAAAUCUUGGCGGCCAUUAAAGCAGCCCCCCCCCCCCUCAAGCCCGACACGCCCCCCCCAAGCCCGACAGCCCCCCCCCAAGCCCUCCGCGACCAUCCACACCCUCCGCACGGGGGAAGCAACCUUUCUGCUGGAAGGCUCGGGGAUCGGGACAAUCCAUUCCUCCGGAGGGAUGAGGGGAGCCUGACUUGUCCCCCCCCCACCCCCGCCCCCACAGCAGCACCAGGACCCAUCACCGCUGGUUUGGUUCUCCAUGAGGAACCGAUGGACACGUUGACCUCUGCAGACCCUCGACCAUUAAAAGAUAUUUGAAGCUAAAUGUGGCGUCGAUUUACAGGGUUUCUCACGUUUUCAGACCCAGGAUCAUUUAUCCAAUGAAAGAAAACUCACAGACCAUCUAACUGCCAAAAUACCCCC